AUGUUAUUGAAUAGCAGUGGAUGGAUGCCGGAAUUGACAAACGAAACUGAGAAUAACACUCACCUGUUAACUGACGAUUUUUUCACAAGUUCCAGUUUUGAACAAAUACGCAGCAGUAGCAGUACAAGUAGUAGUAGUUGCAGUACAGAAAGUGAAAUGGAUGGAAGACGUAUUUAUUGUUCGGGUCGUGAUCUUCACACGAUUAGUUCGGAUAUAUUUGCUUAUCCUGAUAUAACUUAUUUGGAAUUAAGUCCAACACGUGAAGCUUGUCUUAAUUUUAAAUUAAAUGAAUUACCAAAUACUAUUGGUCGUCUAACUGAAUUACAUAUUCUUAUUUUGGAUACUAAUAAUCUUCAUAAAUUACCAAAUGAAUUAUGUAAUUUACGUCAAUUACUUAUACUUGUUCUUUCGAAUAAUUCAUUAAGUGCUUUACCUGAUAAUAUAGGUAAUAUGGAACAACUUGAAAGUAUUCAUUUAGCAAAUAAUCGUAUACGUGAUCUUCCAGUGUCAUUAUUUCAAUUGAAAAAUUUAACAUUUCUUGAUUUAACAAGUAAUAAAUUACGACAAUUAUCAGAUGGUAUUGGUCAACUUACACAAUUACAAACACUUUUACUCUAUGAUAAUCGUCUUCAUUUUAUACCAGAGUCAAUUAAUCAGUUAAAAAAUUUAACAACACUUUGGCUUGGACAUAAUCGAUUACGUACAUUACCUCGUGGUUUAACUCAAUUAAAACAACUCGAUUGGAAACAUAAUUAUUUAUCAACAAUGUUAGAUGAAAAUCCAUUAGUAAAUCCACCUAUCUCAAUUUGUCGAUUAGGUUUCAAGGCUAUGGAUAAAUGGCAUGAGAAAAAUCCAUCUGUUAACAGUCUUGAUCUUGAUGGUGUACAACAAAAGACUGCUAGACAAAGUUCAGUAGGUGAUGAAGGAACAAAUAAAUUUUCAGUACGAAUAUCAACACAAUUUUAUCCUUAA